AUGGCCUCCAAACGACCGCUCCGAUCACUCGUCUCGACCGCUUCAUCAUCACUCCGCCCCUCGCAAUCAUCAAAAACAUGCAUCGUGCGGACCUCCGCUUGCGCAUUUUCGGGCACCACCCCAUCGAGAGCCACCGAAUAUGAUACAGAAGCUGCGGGCCGGCCGCGAUGGCAGCAAACACCCCCGCGAAUGGUGGCACCCCACAGGAUACGACCGGCAGCCAAAGGGGGCAUUCACAAAGUCAACGAUGACCCAAAAAAGUUAGACGAUGCGUACAUACGCAUGCUGGGCCCUGGAGGAGACAAGAUGCUGGGCGACGACGUCAAGUGGUUAGCCGUUACACAUAAGAGCUUCGACCACGGAAAGAGAGGAUUCAAUGACCGACUGGCAUACUUGGGACGGAGGAUUGUCGAGCUACAAACAUCACAAGCACUCAUAAACUCGCCACAAGAACACCAAUGGCCGAGGGAUUCCAACGGUGUACCAGUCAACGACGAGUACGGCCGUAAACCAUACCUACACCCCGCCUUGGACGGGCUGCAGGGCUUGACCGACGAAGCAGAGAGUCUGGUGCUGAGCAAGUCACGGCUAUCAUCGAUAGCAGAGCGAUACCGCCUGGAUAAGGUCACUCGGUGGACACCCAAGAGGGCGGACAACCUUCAAGGUUCUGGUUUCGAGACUGUUCUCAUGACUUCCCUAUAUGCCAUCGUCGGAGCGGUAGCACUCGAGCGUGGCGGCGAAGUAGCCAACAAGGUCGUGCAAGAUAAAAUACUUGCACCACUUGGCUUCAGCUUCGCACCUGAAUCAUGA